AUGAGUGCGCCUUGUAUAUGUGAAAUUUGCAACUGCGGGUAAGAAAGAGAAUAUUCUACAAAGAUCUAUGCAUGAAUCAAGUUGUAACAGGCUCACUGGUCUGUUAACUGCCUCGGAAAUAUCUUGCUGAUGAAUGUGAUUUCAACUUUUGUUCCAUGUAAAUGAUUAUAUUUUCCUAAAGCAGAGGAUCCGUGAUGUCAGUUGGUACUGUAACUGCAUAUCUCUGAAGACGCGAUUAUAGCUAGCAGCGUUUGUAACUAAGUCUUUAUUAAUUGCUUAUUAGGAUUAACUAUUUUCUCGCGUUGUUAAGGGAUUAUUUCAUAUAAUUUUCAUGUCCUCAUAAACGUUCGGCCUAUGCAGACAGAUUAAAAUAUUUUGCCUUGUUAUCGUUACGGCCUGCUUUUAUAUUUUUGAAUUGGCGAACAAUAUCUUAGGUCGCAAGAGCAUAAUUAAUGUUUUUAGACAACAUAUGUGUGCACUUUUAUGGACAGAUUGCAACGAUUUGCUCGUCUUCAGUUAAACAGUGUAAUAUCAUGUGACAUAGAAAACCUCUUGCGACGCUUUGUCUGACAAUCUAGUAAGUCGACUUUACCGUUUUUUAAUUUUUUCACGAUAUAUACCUGGACUUUAUUAUAAUGAAUUAGCAAUAAACACUGUCAAAAUAAUAAAAAUAUGUGUCUCGUCCUAAGGGAUUACUCGAGUGAUGUCACGUCUAAAGCAUGAAGAUUGGCAGCGAGAAUGGCUGGAAACAAUAGGGGAGGGCUUUUAAGGAGUCAUUAAAUGGGUCGUACAUUUCAGUUAAAUGUGACAUUGGUAAAUAAGAGUGUUUCGGACAGAUUCAGAAUAUUCCAACCUGACUGAAAUCGAUAAUAAUCCUUGGACGAUGAACACACACUUAGAAGUAUGUGACGGAAAAAUGUUAUCUAGGUAAACAUUUGCUCAUUAAAAAUGCACAUGUACAAAUAUGUGAUCCGUAAACCGUCGGCACAAUGUGGUGACAGGAUUAGACAGAGACUGCCGUAGAACCAAUACGUGUUUUGUAGCUUAGUGCACUCAAGCACAAGUCCAUGCACCUUAAUUUAUACAGUGAUCAGCGAAAACAAUGAAAGACAAUGUAUGUCAGCACCAUGAAGCCUUAACACACUUGCAAUUUUUACCUCCAGUGAGCAAAUAUACCGUUGUUGCGUUUAUUGUGAAUUUUGCUUAAACCGCAUCUAAUUUGCGCACCCAGCAAUUUUUAUCGUAGACUCACUUAAGUAUUACCAAGCAUGCCACCAAUAUAACAGUCAGCAAGGGUGUUAAUUUAGCGACUCUCUCGGCUUCGAGCCAGAAACGGAACAAUGCAUCUGCAUGUUUUUGUGGUCGGCAAAACUAGAUAAAGUGCUUUUUAUGUGUUUUCAUUGCAGUCUAUAUGAAAAAUGACAGGCCGCCGAGUUUACGUUUUUGAUCGGUGUUGGAUAUUUAAAGCAUGAUAAAAGGUUUUUGAGUUUCCUCUUUGUCAGCUUAGUAAUGGCCAGUCAGAGCGAGACUGCCCAUCUUCAUCGCCAGUCUUUUAAAUAAUGAUCAUAUGGCGUUCAGAUAAAUUUUCCAACAGUUAGCGAAAAUUGCUAAUUCGGGAGGGGGUUUAAAAGACAAACUAAAGAUGACACUUGCACUGCUGGCAAAAUCAAAUUUCCCGUAUUUAGAUACCUGAUUCCCACAUCUUUUAAACAGGAAAAUUUAUUACUUGUUUUCAUGUCGUAAUUGCGGUGAAUACAGAUUUAAAACCCGUAGAAGUAAGCUGAUGUCCGAUAUUGCACGUUUUCUUGGGCCGAUAUUUUGUGCGUACGCUCGAUUUGUUUGGUCAUUCGUUCUAACUUUUCUUUGUAAUUUGACUCUGCUGGCUUGUUUACUAACUUUUCAGCAGGUUCCUUUUGUAGUUCUUAAAAUCCAUGCCAAAGAAACUUUAAUGAAUUUACCUAUAUGACCCAUUUCGGUGUUUGAUUGAUAGGACAUCAUAAGGCCGCCGAUGUAGAUGGCUUUUAAAGACCCAUUAUUCGUAAGCGCAGGUUUUUUGUCCACUGUGGUUUAUUUUUUUCCGGCAAUAAGUACGUUUAUCGUUUGCAACGGAUGAUAUAAUCACGGAGGAAAAUGAACUCGAUCGACUUGUUUUGAUCGGUGAACGAUAUUUCGUUACCUUUGUUUUGUCAUAGACCUACGUUCGAAGUCCCUUACAAACCGUACAUGAGUGAUGGUGAGAUGUGGAACUAACGUCCACUAAUAUCUAGACCCCAAUUUACAACUAAAAAGUCGUAUUUCUCCUCCAGAAUCCAAAUUCAUUUCAAAGGUUCCGUUUGAAGGCAAUUAUAAUAUAGGGCACGUUGUGUCAUUUUCCCUUGUUUUGGGAAGUUAAAAUAAACAAAGUGGCUAAAGCGACGCCACUUGCCUUGAAAGAAUGAAGCAACGAUAGAGUGAAGGACCCCACUUACCUGUCGAUGGACUGUGAGUCUGGCCAUACGGGAAUAAUGGUAACGUGGGUUUUACGGGUGGGACAGUACGCCAGACAGUUAGCUGACGAAAUGCAAGUAAACACGAAAAUUGUUUGGAUUUCUACCGAAAGUCUUAUCGUGCACUUUCGUAUGGCAGCAUGAGCGCGCUGAUUAAAAAAUAAACAAGGUUGAAUUUUCAAAAGAUAGGAGAGUUUGAGUAAGAGUUUGAGGUCAUGGGAAAUAAUUGUUUUUGGCAGUGUAAUGCCGGCAAUGGCCUGCAAACUGAUGUCAAGAUAAAAUCCCAUAUGACAGGAUCGACAUUCUGCCGACGGUUAAAUGGGGUCCUUCACACUAACGUUGUCCUUCGGCGUCAUCUGUGUGAACAAAUUUAGGCAUUUGACUAAGAAAAUACUUGCAGAACCCUAGUUGUAUUGAUUAUCACAGCAAUGCGCCGAAUCGCUUCCCAGAAGGAUUGCUCUUCUCAUUUAAUCCGUCAACUAGGCGUCACUUAAGGGCUGUCAGUCUAAUUUGAAAAACUAGAUGACAAAAGACUAAUAGACUUUUAACUGUGUUGCUAAGUCUGUGUGGAGAAGUUUUGAGCACAAAAAAUUAUACGCUCAGUAGGAGGUGUGGGGCCAUCACUACUUUGUUUAAUGAGGGGGAAGAAAACUGAACACAGGAACCAUCUGUUUAUUUGCCUGAGCGUCAGAACUUCUGCAGCAGUCCCUCGUCAGAAAUAGAAACAACGGUAGGCAAACGAUAAUUGACGCAGGGCUUCUGUAAACUCUGGGCUUGUCUUGUUUUUGACGUGGGCAGUUAUCUUGGGGGUCGCAAAGUUAAAUUUUUGAACUAUUUCAAAUGUGUAGACAUCCACCUGUGGCAAUUCGCCACGCCGUCGUAUAGCCGGUUUAUUUCCGUAAAUGCGCAAUCCGAGCAUACUUUUAAUCUGAUAUGUGUAAUUACAGUCAUAUUUUGUGCAGGGGAUACAAUACACUACACUUGACUGCUUCCGGGAAUUUAAUUGGCCCUUAAUUCACAUAAACUUGCUGCGCAUCGUAGCCUUGGGCCGGUAUGCAAUUUUAACACCUAGUCCCGCAGCAGUACACUCAGCCGCCUCUGGAACCUCCUUGAUAUGUGGCAGCGCAUGUUACAGGAAAUUUCGGGCGGGGUCCUCCAGGACGAAUACGUAAGCUCAGCUCAUCGACUUCUUCGGAUAUCCAUUCCGCAUAAAAUGGUUGCGGAAUUGCCGGGAUCCGGCGCGUGCUUUUUGUGCCGGGUAACUGCGGCGAGUCUGAAAGACAGCAAAUAGGCUCGUCAUAAGUAUGGAGGCCAAGUAGUGGAGUAAUUCCUUUCAGUCAGCAAAGAUCUGGUGCCUGCAUGUCGAUUUAAAACCCCUCUAGGUUACUGUUUUGCUUAUAAUCGUGUUUGCGUACCUAUUUCCCCUCCUCAGUAAACGGUCUUCAGAUUAUGUUGUGCAUUCAGCAAUACGCAAUUAUAAAACAUCAUUGUUCGAAAAUAAAACUUAGCCUUUUGGCAACCGCUAAAGUUCCGGUAUCCUUUAUCUGUCUUCUGCUUUCUUUAAGAAGUUAUUGAAAAAAAUCAUAUUUUUUACAAAAAUAAACCAGGAUAAUUUACCGCACAUCAUAAAUCAAAAAUAUACAACCAUUAUAUUUUCGGCUAGUGGUUAUAGGAUACAAAAUUUAAUAACAUACUGUUUAAUUAUUGGAUGGGUUUUGACGGACGUUUUUCUCUUAAGAAACACCGCUGUGCGCACAAACAUAUUUAGGACGCUUCGAACCAGGUCGUUUUAUUUGUGGUCGUGCAGAAAUGAAAGUUAAAAGUAUUUAUAGCAGCAACGAUACUUUUGUAAACAUUUAAUAAAUCAAGUCUGGCAGACCUACGCCCUCGAUUAUUCAUGAUCAGGUCUACACAGUAAUAUUAGGGAGGGCAAAAGAGCAACUGCAACUGUCUCUGAUGAUGGAUUCAAGAGAGAAUCCGAAACGUCAGGCGAAUAAAGCCAUUGUUCCAGCGAUCGCUUCUUCUUCUGAUCAACUAGUUCCUGGAACUCGCAUUUUCGCUUGUAUCGGCAAAAGUUUAACAGCCAAUAAAAGUCAAUAUGGGAGAGAGGGUUGAGGAGCGUUCAGGGGUCAGGACCUCUAUUCCUAUGCCCAAUACUUUGAUGACACUUUCUCAAUAGCGAAUGAAAAGCUUGAUUUGAGCACCCUCCUGUAUAAAGUGAAUCAGGCUCUUACAGCGUUUACUUUCACCUUGGAAAAAAGAGAGCGGAUGGUGCCUUCCGAUUCUGAACGUCCUACAUAAUCGGAAGCCGGGUGGGAUAAUUAGUAGAAGUCUGUUUCGCAAGAAAGCAUGGACAGGACAAUACACAAAUUGUUACGGUUUUGUCCCGCUAAGCCGGAAACGAAACCUGGUCCGCUGCCUCACCAACCGAGCUAGAAGAAUAUGCGCGCCAGACAGGUUCGAGUACUAACUCGCCAUUAUGCAACAAAUUCUGAGAGUAAUCGGCUACGCCGAAAAGCUUACUGGUAAAUUUAUGGAAGAACGCCCUCCAAAAUCUGAAGUUUCGACGACUGAAAAGAAGGAAUUAUUUCUCAUUUUGCCAUUUCGAGGAGACCCGGCCUGUGACCUACAACGUCGUCUAAACUCCGCUAUUGCACGCACGUACCCCGCCGCUAGAAUAAGGCUAAUUUUCUCUAGCACACCGCUUCUCCGCCUUGAAGGCAGGGAUAAGCUGCCGUUUCAGACCUCCUCAAUGUGCAUCUACGCGUUCACUUGUUCCUGUUGAGCCGGUCAUAUUGGUCGAACAACAAGGCGCCUAUCCAAGCGGAUGCGAGAGCACCAUCCUGCCUGACUAUAGUAAAAGGAGGAAAAGUCGAUUUCUAGCGCCGUUGUGGCUCACUUGGUUGACAGUGGCCACUAGGUGGAUGUCAACCAUGCAUUGCGUGGCAUCUACAAAGUGCCGGCGAGACACUCCUAGUUCCCGGGUCAGGGGAUACUUGCGACGGCCGAGGCAGUCGCCAUGCGGUUAGCCAACCCAGCCUUGUGCUCGCAUAAAGCGUUUGUACGAACGCUAAGGCUUUCUGGGCAAAGAUGAACCCAGCAUAUGGGUUUACAUCCGCCACGUCGCGUUGAAGCGAUGAAAUAAGGGCAGAUAAGAGCCAGACACCUUCCCCUCUCUCUCCCUAAGCCCCUAACAGAGCUAGGAUCUGACCCCUGACCUCUGAACGCCCCUCAACCCCCUUCCCCAUAUUUUCUUUUAUUGGAUGUUUAAAUUUUGCUAUUUUGCCCUCCCUUAUAUUACUGCACAGGCCUGAUAAUGAAUAAUCGAAAGUGUACGUUGCCGGGCUUGUUUUCUUAAGUACUUAUAGUGACAUAUUGUCUAGCAGAAGCACGAGCGAGGAUUUGAAUUAUUUGCAGCACUCAUAGACUAUAUGGAACUCUUGCAGCCAACGAGCAGUCGCAAUAUAAUCAGCAUUCCUAGCACCUCUUUGUGUUUUUCAGUUUUGAAAACCUUUUCGAUUCUCAAAUAAUUCUGAACUCGAACUGCCGGCUCACUUACAUCCAGGUUUUCGAAACUGAAAGCUCUAUCUCGCGCUAUUUAAACGCCGUCAUGUAAGAUUUAUCGAUGAAUGCAGACCACGUCGGACACUUUAAAAGCAACAUUAUUAGACGUGCAGAUGCGAUGCUUUAUAAAUGGAGAUUUCCUGGUCUUAACAGAUUUCAUACUUAGAAAAUUUUUAGAAAACGAAAGGGGCUUCUUCUUUAAGUAUAAAGUUCAGAGACUUAAUUUGCUAUCAAAUGAGCAUAAGAAGGAGUGUUUUCAUGCAUGUUUUUUAUUAAAUAUUUUCGUAUCUAUAUGGACAAGGAAAAUAAAUAGGAAGUUCACACUGCUUCAGUAGACUCCUUAGCAGAGUCUGGUUUUGCGGACGGUCAGAAAGAAGCUCGUUCAAAAUUCGGCAUACUGAAGUGGCUGAAUGACCUUCGAAUUAUGCUGUACGGUAAUUAAUAUUACAAGCCCACGUAGGUAGUCCAUUAGAAUCAAAAACACAUUGAUGAAUUUCAGUUUACAGCUCUUGAGAUAAAACGUAUAAGCCAUUUAAGCUAACCACUGUUAAUUCGGAAGGACUAGCUUUUAUGCGCAGUAUAAGACACUCUCUUUUAAAAUAAACUACGUGAGGAGUUAGCGAUUUCUUAAGCAACACGUAUGUAGCACUACGCACGUUUCAGUCUCUUUUUCACAAAACAACAAUUGCGUUGUAUGAAUUCUCAAGCCCGAAUUAAAGGCGGCUAAAAGCUGUCGUGGUGUUUAAAGUGAGAUAAGAGAAGUUCAAUUUUAAUAUGAGUUUAUUAAUCUCGGCGCCACUAAUGCAGUAGCGUGACAAUAAAUUAUUAACGGACGGCGCUUGCCUCUUGAGAAAAACAUUUUGCAAACUGAGGGCCAGAAGCCUGCUCCAGGUGUACAGGGAAUAAAUGCAUAACACUAUAUUAAAACACCGAAUCAAAAGGUAUGUAACUGUUUGCGUUUCGUUUGCAUCAUCCCCUCUGUUCGGGUGCCCAAUCAACUGUCUGAAUGUUCUUCUUCAAUGCAAUCGUCCUUUUUACUCCGCUAUUCCCUUUUUCUUGCAUUUUUCGUCCUAAUAUACAUUGUGGUUGGACAGGAUGAUUGGCACACAGAUAAAACUGAAUUCUAAAAGUAAGCUGUGGCCCUUCUUGGUUUUCAGAAACAUUUUCAGCAUAUAACCACGCAAGACUUGCGACCGCCGAUCUGCGCAGUGAAUGGUUUGUCUAGUAUGAGCAAGUCUCAUUCAGUUUUAAUACGGAAUCAUAUUUAGGCCUAACUUUCAAAAAAACUGUUAGUCUGUCCGACUGGCAUCACUUAAUCGUUAAAAGUAUACGUUAAUCUGGUUUUUAAAUGUAAACUGUAAAGCGCGUUUUCCUCUUUUCUGGAAGUAAUAUUUUCGUUGGUUUCCAUGGGAAUCAUGGAGUCAUCUUCCAGGACGCAGAAGUAGCACAAGGGCGUCUACCUUUCAGAGUUGAGUUUUGUCUUCUGAGUGGGACCGGUUUAAAUGUGAUUAAUUAAGCCUAUACACGCAUCAUUUCUCAGUCAUGUGAUAUUUGAUCCAUACAUAGGUUUAUGAACUUGUUUCUAUCCGAGUCUUGACAGUGAUCAUCUGUUUUAGUUUUUAAAUUUUCCCUGAUCAGCUAAUAAAGGAGUUCAGACUGGUAUUUUGAGCGCCCAGUUGUACAGCAGCCCUUAUCGUAUGAGAUUACGCAGACCCUGCGCUGUCCAUUUCAGGCGUCACAGAUGCCCACACAAGCCCAAACAGCGAUUGCCGUGGGGGCCCUGUGUCAUGAGCGAGUACAGGGCCCAGUACCUGACCUAUAACUGUGAACCCGUCAAAGCAAUUGUACCCGACUGCACCACGCAUCAGUCAAAUGAACCCCUCUCCUCAGAGACAACUCACAGGUAUCUUGUUAUUGGACAGUAGCAGCAGCAUCACAACUAUCCUUCAGAGUUGAUUACAAGCCCAACUGCCUGGAGGCCGUGUAUCGGCGAGAGCCUGAUAAGUACCAUCCGCCGACUCAGCCAAUGGAAAAGUCCACCAUGUACAGAAAUGAAUUCACACCCAAACUCUGUGCACCGCCGCCUCCCGCGAAACCCAUCGAGAGAUCACAAUGCCCUGCCGCCUUCGAGGGAAACCCUACCUAUCGAAGUGGGUUCCAGUCCAGUUAACUGUCCCAGAACUGCGUUAAGUUUAAGACAUUAGAGUUAGUGUUUUAGCAAACGGCAAAUUGGCGGCAGUCUUACGACUUACGCGGUAACUUCUACCGCAAUAAUCGAAGUUCCUUUUGAUAGUAACAUAUUUGCUGCUUAUCAUUAAGAUGUACUUAUCAGAUGAGCAAUCAGCUUGCUCUCGGCCUUCAACCAGCAUGAUGAUAUCGUUGAGUAGCAGUUGACUGAAACAGAAAAUCCUGCUGUUAUCUUAAAAAACCUGAAUUGGUUUUAGUGAACAAGAAGAAAACAUAGGUAAUCCUAUAACUGGGCUAUGUAACUUAGCCUGCAGUACGUUCGGGGACUUGUAUAUCAAUGGGGUGACUGUAGAUACACAGGUUUCUGGUGCACAGAAACGCAGUAAAGUACGAGAAAUCAAAAUUCCGGAAAAAACCGCAUAUUUUUUGUAAUCUCCGUAGAAAUAUCGAACAGUAAAGUAUACCUUCCCGACAUAAAGAUAGAGAAUUAGUAGAAGUUGUAAAAUCCAGGAUUCGAGGCGGAAUAAUGAGAAGUACACAAAAAUUUUAAAUGAUUUCGACAACCUCUACGGCUACGCAGAUGAGUCACAUCGAAACACUCUAUGGAAACAUGCCUUAGCGGAGGAUAAUUAGGCGGACCUGCCAUGUCCACUCCAUCAAUCCCUCUGCACAUUUGUCCAUAAAAAGAAAAUAGCGUGUCCUGGCCCAAAUAUUUUUCAGGCUGUGGGUGUGGUUCAGAAGCAUGUGCGCAAACAACUUCUGCCGAUUAAUUAUCCGGUCUAUUUGCAAAAAAUGAUCCAGGCAUAAAGUUAUAAUAGAUAAAUAAAAAAUUAUUUUGUUUAGCACUCAUGAGGUUACUUUCAUGGUAAGUAAAAAGGCACCUUCACAUGACUUUUUGCAUGAGUAGGUAAACACUGUGCAUUGUUCACUUUGUGCUUAUAAAAUAGGCAGUCCGAUAAUAAAAACGGUUAGCAACCAGUAAAAACUCCUUCACUUUUUAAAGAGGCAAAAAUGAAUGCGAUUUGAUCCAUUUGUGAAGGGAAAAACUGUCGCUCAUGUGGAGGAAAAUAUGUGGGAGACAGAACCGUCCUGCAGGUGAGAGCAUAUGGGCGCUCGAAACGUUCCUUGUCAAGGUAGAAUCCCUAAACCGGAUGAGGCUAUUCGCUGCAGAUGCGAUCACAAUAUUUUUGGGAUGACAGCAGGUCGGAUUUCUUUCGAACAUGCUAAUCUAUGUUGUUUUCUACAAAUUGAAAGAUCCUUCAGCGUUCAUGCUCUUGAUUCGCGUCCAGAGAGUUUAAAUUCCUUCACAAGUCAUGACAGUAACUUCUGGGGGAAAAAUUAAACACCAGCAGGGUCUGUUCUAUGCUACACCCAGUUUGCUACUUUUGGAUACGUUAUAUACUUUGGGACUCUGUAUUAGUAUGGUCUAAGUGGCAACGUCAUGCCGGCAUAGAUAACUCACCUGUACAACUAUCUUGUUAUCGUUUGCCAAAUAGAGUUUUUGAAAGACGUAUUCAUACUGUUCCACCGUUUUUCCUGCCUUGUCCAAAACAAAAGUUCUCCUUAAAUAUUCCUAGAAUCGUUUUAAAACAUGUAACCGAUAUGGAUGCAAUAACUCCUUUGGGUUGUUCUAAUAACUGACCUCACUCCGGAUAUAUUUCUUUCAACAGCAAUCCCUGACUGUAGUGCUGUUUAUGUCAUCGUCAAGCUGUGGCGUUAAACUCUUUCCCUAAUGUCUACAUUUUACUGUUCACCGCCGGUCUCAUUGGGCGCCCUCUUGUGCUUUUGUAGGUGAUUUCCGACCCUGGAAUAUUCCACCCAUAAAACGUCGCGAGCCUGACCCCUAUCGACCGCCUACGGUCCCAUUUGAAGCACUGCCAUCCUACAGGACGGAGUUUGUUCCCCACUGUCAAGCGCGUCCCAAACUCAUCAAACCUGACUGCGAGCUUACCUUUUCGGACAAACCCCUCGAAGGCCUGACAGACUAUCGUCAGAACUAUGUGCCACAUCCACUGGAAAAGCGACCAUCCCCACCAAAACCCGUCCCUCGUGCAAAGGCCCCAUUCGAUGGCAUGACGACCACGAAGGUGGACUAUACUCCGAAGGAAUUUUGUAAGCACUCCCCCACCCUCCCCCCUCUUACCCAUCGUAUUUUUUGCCCUAAAAAUGGAGAAAAUAGGCGUUCAAAUGUUCCUGCCGUGUCAUUUGGGUCGGCGCACACAGCAAGUUAGGCAAAUAAGAAAACUUCCGGCCCACCUGCAUUUAGCCAUCCGCCGGUCGGAAGUUUUCAGAACUAUCGCAGACCGAUAAACUUAUGCUGAGAGUGAUGGUCACAUUGAGUUCUUUUAGGAGUGGUCGUUCACAGAGUGGUGAAACAACUACACUGUUGCAAGACUAAGAUUUACGAUUGUGAAGCAUUUUCGAGGGUUUCUUUGACUAAGCAGCCCUGCAUGCCUCAGUCGUCUUGACUUGGUCUUAGCGUGAGCCGACUAGACGUAUGGGAGGAGGAUGGAACAGAUGCCAUAAAAGUUACCUUUCCUCGCAGAGGUGAUGGUGGCCAGUGUUGUUAUCGGCGAACCAGUCCUUUAUUUUUCAUGCAUCCACUUUUAUCAUUAGCGGUCUUCUGUGGCCGAAAAGUAUUAGUAAUAGUAGUAUUAGUGGUGUGUUUGUGUGUGACGCCAUUGCGACUUUAAACGAGAUGGUAAACCGCAGAUCCACAAUUGGCAGACAUUUUCUUACGUGAAUAUCCCAAUGCGACAUUCUUUUCAAGUAUUGUCGGGGACAGUUCAAUUCUGACUCUGUAACAGGUCAAGCAGACCCCAGAGAAUCACACUUCUGUUCAAGUUUCUAAUACCUAGUGCUCCGAAGAGGUUAACUGCGCUGCAGAGAAAUAAAACUGACAGCUUACUUGUUUAUUAGUGCCCUGUCAAUGUCUUAAAUUUGUUCAUAUUUACUCAGGAAUGAGGGCUACUAAUCAGUACUUACGCAAUCGCACCAGACCACAAAACCCGCUCUUAGAUAAAGACAAUUGUCAGUUUUACCCCUCAGAGAGACUGCUUAAAAUCCAUUGGGUCGAACAUGUAGUCAGGUAACUCUCACAGGGAAUUUUCAUCCUGGUUUACACGUUGAUCUCCUAAUCACCUUUCCGGUGGAAUGCCUUAGAAUCCUUUAUGCGUCCUGUUCAUGGUAAGGUGCUGAAAACGUCGCAAAAAUAUUCGGUCAGGGAGACCUUGACUUAUUUCCACCGGCAGUGUGGGGAAAAGAUGACUGUUAAUUUCCUCAAAAAUAAAGCGAUCGUGUUGAAAGUGUCCUGAACUCCAAAUAAAAAGAUAAACUAGAGAAGGUUGAGAUGUCCGGACCUUGUUAAUCGUGACGCUUGUAUCGUCCAAAUUAAACCCAGUUGGCUGCGGCGGAUACAGUAGUGGGCAUACUCUAUAGCUGCCUCAACUCCUGUGUCCAGUUGCGUUUAGGAGGAGGAGGAGGAGCAGGAGGAGGGGGAGGAGCAGGAGGAGGAGGAGGAUGAGGAGGAUGAGGAGGAGGAGGAGGAGGAGGAGGAGGAGGAGGAGGGAGACAACAUCCGUAGGCGGUUAUUCUGUGCAGAAAACCGGUGGUAG